AUGUCGCAACGUCGUGCGGCUGCCGCUGCCAAGGCGGCCAUCAAGGCGGAAGAGUACGAUAGCUACGACGAGUUGUUGACGGACGGCGAAGACGAGGAACAGGAGCCGGUCACUCAGGCCGAUGGGACUCAACCUCCGUCUCUGAUUGUUGGGUAUCUGAGAACCUAUAGGACGGCCCAGUAUUCGGCCAGCGAUUUGAACACUAUGUGCCAAACGGGAGACAUCGACCUGCAAGUGGAUUACCAGCGAGACGUCGUUUGGACCGAGGCCAGACAGGAAGGCUUGAUCGAUUCGUUGUUCCUCAACUACUUCAUCCCGCCGGUACUUUUCUCGACCAGGACCUCUGAUGAUGGGACUCAGAAGCGAGUGUGCAUGGAUGGCAAACAGAGGUUGACGUCGAUAUGCAAAUUCAUGAUGGGUCAGAUUCCUUGGAAACCGAAGGCUGGAUAUGGCAAGGGGAAGAAAUUCUGGUACACAUACGACCCGAAGAUACAUCGAGGACGGGAGCUACCGCUGAGGGAGAAGAAGCUAUUCGCCCAGAAGCAGAUUCACUGUGCGGAGUUCGAGGAUCUCAACGAGGGUCAGGAGAGGGAAAUCUUCCAGCGUGUUCAACUCGGAGUCGCUCUGUCGGCAGCCGAAAAGUUACAAGCUCUCGCUACACCUUACUCUGUGUGGAUGACAUCGCUUCUGAACAAGCACGUUUUCGGUGAAGAAGGUGAUACGAUCAACAGCUAUUUCAAAGACUGGAAACAAGACAGGGGACAGGCGUAUCAGAACGUCUGCGUGCUGGUUUAUUUCAUCGAAAAGUACCCCUUGCCUAUCACCUCGGUCAGCUCGAUCGCCUUAGGAUCCUGGCUCAAGCGGGUGGACGCACCGGAAGUGCACUUGCGCCGAAAGGUGGACACGGUGUUCUAUUACUACAUCGAGCUGAUGAAGAUGUAUCAAGAUGUCGCUAUCACCGCCUGCGGAAAAAAGCUGUCUCCGAUCGAAUUCUCUUUCAUCGGGGUGGUGCUUUAUGUCCUCGGAGCCUAUAUGAGCCUCGAAGAGAUCGCUCGCAGGAUCGGACACAUGAGGACUUACGUGAGGCAGAUCGACUCUAACGUCCGCUCGAACGGCUCUACCAUUGCAGCCCUCUGGCAAUGGCUCGGACAACAACCUCAGAGAACCAUUCCUGGGAUGCGCCCUAUGUUCGAGGAGGAACAAGAAGCGGCUCCUUCUGCCAGGAAACGUCGAAGAGAGGAGGAAGCGGACGGAGACUACGUCGGAGGCGGUAUCCGAGCUGACAGCCCUGGGCAACGUCGCAACACCCGCUUCCAGGGAUGA